UAUAUCGUCGGUGCACGCACGGCAAUAUCAUGUUUGACUCAGGCCGGCUCGAUGGGGCUUGUUAGAGUUUAAUUCUUUCAGCGAGUUUGAGCGACAAGAAAUAGAAUGCCGCGAUUUGUUAAUUACUAUUUACAUAUUGCUUUACUGUUAAACAUUCUAUCUUUACCAAGCCUACUGCUAGCCAAAAAUGAACCUGCAACAGUGUCAAACAAGGAAUGUCCAAUAGGCUGUACUAAACACGGGAAUUGCAAUGGAGAAACCGGAGAAUGCGAAUGCAGAUUCGGUUUCGGUGGCCCCGACUGUGGACAGCGCCUCAUGCCCGCUUGUCAUAACGCCCCGGACUUGAACACCUCGUUGCCCGCAUAUGGGCACUUCUACCCGAAAAACUGCCAUUGUCUAAAGCAGCUCGCUCGGGCCGCCUGCCCUCCCUCCUACACCACCGACCCCUACUCCUGCCCCUAUUACCAGUUCUGGGCGUGGAAGCACACCAGCUGCUAUGUGAUCAAGGACCUCCCCGAGUCGGAGCAGCUGUCCCUGCCGCCCGACGGACCCACCGACCCGCGCUACCAGUGGCGCCGGGGGCUGUUCAAUGAGUCCGCUGUUGCGGAGGGCGGCGAUCCCUACCAGUUCGAGGACGCACCCGCCGCCCCCAGCCCCUACGAGCUGCCAGACGGCACCCUGCUGCUGCCCAUCGACAAAUGCCCGCAGCGGUGUUCGGGGCGAGGGUGGUGCAGCACCGUCCGUGACAGGCCGGGGGAGGUGCAAUGCAACUGCCAGGGCUUUUACGGGGGGUCCUCCUGCGAGCAGCCGCAGGGUCAGCACUGCUACCUGAACUGCUCGGGGCGGGGCGAGUGCCACGGCGGCUACUGCCACUGCCAGCCGGGAUACUGGGGGCUGGGCUGCGGCAGGAGCCGGGCGUACAGGGGGGAGAGCUGGCUGCCCCACCCCACCAAGCUGCGUGUGUAUGUGUACGACCUGCCGGAACACGUGGCGUACAAGAGGCCCUGGCACGACCCGCCCGCCCUGCUGGACACGAUGUACCUGGCGGAGGUGUCCUUCAUGGAGAGCCUGCUGGGCGACUGGGGGGUGCGCACGGAGAACCCCUGGGAGGCGAACCUGUUUGUCAUCAACGCAUACACCAUCUACUACACGGGCAAUAUUGGCUUCCCCGGCAAGCACUUCUCCUCCGUCUUCAGCUACGUGCGCUCCAGGUAUCCCUUUUGGAACAUGACGGGCGGCCGCAAUCACGUGGCGGUUGCAACCAACGACCGGGGAUGUUGCGACCUCUACAAACUGGGGAAACCCGAGCUUCAGAACCCCAUCAAGCUGGUCCACUUCGCGCAAGUGGGGCGGCACGGGCGGACCGGACACGGGCACUCCGACCCCGCCCUGGAGGCUGCAGCUCGGGAGUUCCGACGACUGGGUGGCGGGGGGCACCACCACUCGGGAGGGGUGGAGGAGGAGGACGGCAUGCUGGGGCAGCAGGGAGGGGCAGCGGCAGCGGCAGCGGAGGGGCAGGAGGACAUGGGCGGGGAGCGGGUGCGGUUCCGAGGGCUGCCGGCGUUUAACCUGGAGUCCCUUCGCAUGGAGCGGGAGCCUUGCUUCAGGCCUGAGCAGGACGUAGCUAUCCCCAACUACCUCAACCGAGGAUGGCUGCAGCACUUGAAUCAGUCGUACCAGUAUCCCGAGCAGCCGGGGGGGCGGGUGCUGCACAGGAAGAGGGAGCGACCCUACCUGUUCUACUUCCAUGGUUAUAGCAAGCCCGACAUGGCCUAUAGCGGGGGAGUACGACAGGGCCUCCUGGCGCUCUUUGGCAACACCACCCGCCCUGAUGUGGCUAUCAACAAAGGCAUCACGGGUGCUGACGCCAUGCUGUCCUCCCGCUUCUGCCUGGCGCCGCUGGGCUACGGCUGGGGCAUCCGACUCACGCAGGCCAUGCACACGGGCUGCGUGCCGGUGAUUGUGCAGGACCACACCUACUCGGCAUUCUGGGAUGUCGUACCAUACGAGAAGUUCGCCGUACGGAUCAACCGUCACAACCUACACCGGCUGUUUGACUUGUUGGAUGCCGUCACUCCGGAGCAGCUGGAGGAGCUGCAGCAGGGGCUUGCGGACUAUCACAAGUACUUCAUCUGGCACACGGAUGUGGGUGGUCUGGCCUACAACACCACCCUCACCAGCCUGCACCGCCGCCUGACCAACAUGUGGAGCGCGCUGUUCCGGGGAACCAGCUGAGGAGCAGCUCCUUGGACUGCUGCUGCGGUGGUGGUGGUGCUGGUGGUGGUGGUGCUGCUGGUGGUGCUGCUGCUGGUGCUGCUGCUGCUGCGGUGGUGCUGGUGGUGGUGCUGCUGCUGGUGCUGCUGGUGGUGCUGGUGUCGGUGGUGCUGGUGCCGCUGGUGCUUGUGGUGCCGGAUGACGACGUCGUAACACGGGGGUGAAGUACUACCGGUAGUAGUAUAGCAACGGAGCAGCUGAGCUGAGGGGCGGUGCGGUCAGGUGUUGUGCUGGUGUGUGGGUUGACAGGAUGAGGACACGAGCCAUGCCGCCGGCAACAAACAGCGGUAGCAGAUGACAGCAGCUGAGGGCGGCCCAGGGUGGCUUGCUGGUGUCAAUCUGAAGUCGGUAUGCGGCUUGGGCUGGUUGUUGGAGGGAUCCGAAAGUGCAAGCUCUCAAAGUGCUCCUCUCAAGUAGCAGCGAAAGGGCAACUUGGGAUGUUGGUAGAUGCUGACAGUGGAGGACGGUGGUAGUGGAGGAGUGGUGUUUCGUUACACUAGGUCGGG